AGCCUCCAGGUGAUUUCCCAGUGCGUCACAAAAUCCAAUAUAAGUACACUUUUGAGGAUUUUAAGUCAGUACAUCAUAAAUGUUCCUCUUAUAAGCUUUAAACAACAUAAUUAUAGAUCUAUAUGAUAUCACGAAACCGAAAGUAAAUACUGGAAUGACCUAGAACUUCACAGUGAUUUAUUAAUAGUAACAAACGUAUAUUUCAAGGACGACGGAUCGAAUAUGUAAAUACUUCCUGCAUAUUCGUAACCGGUGCAUUUGUGAGGACAUUUAUGAUAUUAAAAGGAUAUCUAUUCUUCAAAGAAUAGGUGAAGGUCGGAUAGCGAAACGGCAGGGCUUUGUAACAACAAAGAGUUCGGGUUUCUUUUCUGCUGGUGGGGAAACAAUAAUACAUGUAUGGAUAAAUUAUUUACGAACUGGAUAUUGGCUACGUGUAGGGUACACAUAUUUAUUUGGAAAUAUAUAAAUUAUCAUGGUCGAAUAUGAGUGCCUACCGGAUGAUUUUUUCUUGAGAUUUUUCCCCAGAAAUCUAUCCUAUUCAGAGGAAAGUUAUCUUGAUAACUUUAGCACGUGUGCAUCGUUCGUAAAAGUGCCGAAAAAUACACGGGUAACUAGAUAUUUUCAGUCGAGGCUCGAACUUGAAGCCGACACCAAAUCGGCUACUAUGUGUGACACCGAGAAAUCAGCUGAUCAGCGGCAGGUUAAUGUCGAAAAUGAUAACGAAGAAGGCACAUCGGUUGAUCCCGUGGGUAAUUCAAAAUGUGACGAGGAGGUUUCAGAAGAAGGGAUUUUUGUGAACAUGAUGGACGAUCUAGAUUCCGUGGAGUCACAGGAAAGCAGGGCCUCGGCCUGUAGCGAUCCGAGCUACUUCUCGUUAGAUUCUGUGGCGUCGCCGGAAGGGACGGAGGAAGAAGGUUCUUGUGAUCAAAGAUGCCUCACAGAGGCAUUAGAAAAAGAAUUGGAGAAAACAGAACUUCGCCAUACAUCAUCGGAUGUGUCUUUCCCAAGUCCUGACGAUACAGCUAAAAGUGAAGUACUUGCUAACGAAAUGAGAAAAGCUACGUCAGAGGAAAGUGUGUUGCCAGCCAAAUUGGCACAGCUUAGAAUUGAAAUGCAAGGUGUAACAUUGACUGAUUCGGGUGCACAUAAAUAUUUACUUCAUGUUCCCGAUAGCCCCGUUUAUGAUGAGCCAGAAUUUAAUAUUAAUAAAGCUGAAUUGAGAAAAUCGUCAUCCUUAAAAACAAACAAAACGCCACCGGGUACUCCGGGGCGCAAAAAGAUGGUACGUUUCGCUGACGCAAUGGGUCUAGAUUUGGAAUCUAUUCGUCAUGUAAUUGAUGCAGAAAAUCCCCCUAAAAUUCCAGCGUCAGCGAUUUCAGACCUCAAAGUUGGCGUGGAAGAGGAUCGGCACGAUGUCGGUAGCCGGUAUUUGGAUUUAUGCUUUCAGCAGCCUUGUGCUGUGGGUGACUUCAUGGGGAAAGUUAUGGCGAAUAAAGUGUCACUAGAGAAUUGUGUACUAACGGAUAUGAGUAUCACGGGAGUUGUACGUGUAGCAAAUAUAGGAUAUCAUAAGUGUGUACGUGUGAGGUAUUCCAUUAACAACUGGGUGACGUUUUAUGACGUCAUGGCGUCGUAUAUUCAGAACUCGUGCGAUGGCGCGACAGACAGAUUUUCAUUUACAAUAGUGGCGCCAGCGAGUGUAGGUCCCGGGUCAAAGAUAUCUUUUGCCAUUUCGUAUACAGCGAAUGAUAACGUGUACUGGGAUAGUAAUGGCGGGAAAAACUAUGAAAUUAUUUGUUACGCGAAGACAACCCCAACAGACCUCGAAGCCAGCUGGGUUCACUUUGUAUAACGUAUGUUUUAUACAGUAGUAUAUAAAGACUAUAAAAAUUGUUCAAAGUCUUGUCAAAUAUAGAUCUACCUUACUAUGAAUAUAUUGAUGCAUAAUUAUGUAAAUGUCAUCACAAAGAAAUUUGAAAGUGCUUGAUUUUUGAAAGAAAAAUUUUAGCUAAAGAGUUAAAAAUCGUGUAAUUAUAUCAUCUAGGGACACACUGAAUCCAUUUUUGAUUUCAAGGUGACUAUUUUUAGUAAACUUACGGAAAUGUAUGGGCUUACUUGCAUCAAAUACCCCCUCGUAAUUCAUUCUCGCAUACCGGAUGUUUACCGUGGCUCCUUGGUCCGUCUCGGGUACCAUGUCGAACAUCUGAUGAGUGAGAAUGCUCCUGAUUUAGAGAAAUUGACUAACCUGCCUAAAUUCAAAAUUUGUUAAAAACAUUAACUCCUUACCAUGCUGUACACGAUUGAUUCUGCCUUUGCGACCAGUGCAGAUCAGCCUGCACAUCCGUGCAGUCUGAUCAUGAUCUGCACUGUUCGCCAUUCAGUCAGUAUCUCUUUGGUAUGCACCCCUUUUAACAGUUAAUGGUACUGUCAAAAUUGAAAGAUGGACAAGUUCAUUAUAGAAAUUUAGCGUGGUAAGGGUUGAUAGAUAAAAUGCAAAAUCAAUGUACAGUUUCUUGAAUGUCAGGGUGUUUAAUUAAGUCAAUGCUUUAGAUAGCCAUGGUCAUAUUCCUGUAUAAUGUUGAUAGGGAUGGUAAUUCAUUCUUGUUAUAUUUCUCUUAAAAUCAAAGCUAUUUGCGGAAAUCUGUGAUAUAGUUCACGUAUCCAUUUUUUCAAAGAUUAAUGGAUUAUAAUAUAAUGAUUUGUAAUCCUUAGUAGAAUGUUAAUUAGUGUAGCUUUGUGUAUAUGUUUUAGUGUAAGUAUAUGCAUGUAUAUAUACACAAUACUUAUGUGAUAUUGUAUAAAGUCUUUUUUUAUGUAUUUUCUUUUGUAAAAUACAAACUUGUAAUUUAGUGUCCUAAGUCUGAUCAAAGGGCUACUGCAUUUAAUGAUAUGCUUUCAUCACGGUUUGAAAUCUGAUUUUAAAAGAUUACUAGGUUUGCAACUUUAUAAAGUGUAAUAUUGUUAUUUGCAUAAUAAUUAACUAGUUUGUAUACAUAUUUUUUCUGCAUAAUAGGUUUUUUAUUUUAUUUCGUAACCAAUUCAUUCAUAAAAUGCUAUCUCUAUGUCAAUAUAUUUGGCACAGUUUUUUUUUUGAAUGGAUAUCUGAUAUCUUAGAGUAGUUGAAACCCCAGGGAGCAAACAUAUCAAUUACAUGUACUACAUUUUUAAAUUGUUUUUUUUUUUUGGUUGAGAAAUGAGACCUGUAUGUUAAAUGUUUGUCAAAUGAGCAAACAUGUUAUCUUGGGGUCAAAGAAAUGUUUAUUGUAACAUACAUAAAUAACAUGAACGGAUUUGUUGAAAUGACAUUAGAUUGCCUUAACCCUGUGUACCACAAAGACAUAAUAUGCGCUUACCAUACAAGCAGACAGACUACUUUUCAGGGAGGCUUUUAAAGACCCACAACAGAAUAACUGUAUUAUUUUGUAUUUCUAUGAUGGUAAUUAUACAUGGUUUGCAUAAAAAAUGAGAAAUACUGGUUAUAAUUGACAGAGACAUAAUUAGGCCCUGACAGUGUGCUUAAUGUCUAUAGUUUGUCAACACAUUAUUUUAGGAAAGACUGUCAUUUUGAAGUAUAUCUCUAUUCUACCAGUAUUAUCAGAAUGAUUUUCAUGAAGUAUACUGGAAGGAUGAGGGUCGGGGUGAAAAAGUAGGUCACUAGAUUGUGAUGGGUCAUUAAGACCACUUGUUUAAGAUGAAGUUUUUAUUCUACAUAAAUGGUCAAAACUUACUGGAGACGGCAUGGACCAUGUAUUUGGAUUUCAACAGACCUGUAUUGUCGCAAAUGGCGUCCUUAACUUUCAUUUUUUUAAAGUAUGUUCAGUGCUUUUGGACCGUUUUUGGGACCGUAAUUCGGCCCUAUUCCCCUCUCCAAAAAAAAGUUCGUUUUCCCCAUUUUUGACAAAAAUUCGCCUCCCAAUAAAUGGUAUAGUAUACACCAGCCAAAACAGCAGCUGUACUUAAUUAUGUAUAUCAUUUUAAACACAAGACAAUGUGCUAUUAAGACUGUAACAUAUUUCAGAAAACUGUUGAAUUAUUCGGACUCGAUUGUCUACGACGCGAUUUUCAUCGCUUAAAGGCCCUGCCACCAUUCCCCCAAAACUGACAAAAAAACAACACUGAUAUUCAUUUUAUUGACUGCUUCAUAUAUUAAUCCCACCAUAAACAGCAGACCUCUCCCAGUAGAGAGGUCCCCCCCCCCCCCUGCCUUGAUGAAAUUCGGAAUGACACGCGCUAAGUUUUGCAACAUUAUCACAUGUUUAAGCAAAAUAAUUAUUGAAUUAUAUCGUUAUUUUUUAAAAUAGUGAGGAAAGAAAUUGUCUUUGGACUGAACACAUAUUAUAACUUCUUUGGCUGGAAGCUCAGCUCUUCUCACGAUAUUUUUUGUGUGGUAUGCGGAAAAGAAAAGAGUUUGUGGCUUUAUUCUCCUUACACCCGUCCCCUUACCCAAGAUAACAUUUAUUGUUAUUUUGUUACAGUUCGUACGCGAAAAAUAUUUGAAAUGAUCAAAAAUGAACCACAUGAUUGCAUAAUGUAAUAAAAAAGUUAUUAUAAAGUGGCUGUUUAUUUUGGACCACAGUGUAGUGUAUUGCAUUCCAUGCCAACAGGUAAUUUUACUAUAACAGUCAUUUACCGCUAGCACGAUGUGUAUCAGAUAUUUCAGGCAUGUAGUGAUGCUUGGAAUACAUGCAUUUUUCACGUGAAAAUGGGAUGUUAGUCACAGACGUUAUAUACUACUUACGUUGUUAUUGUACGUGUCUUAGAAGUGAUUUCGUAUAAACCUGUAGUAAUUUGGAAUAUUCAGUACAUUGUUUGAGCUUAACAUGUUGUAAUUAUACAUGUUUUUUUUUAAUCUAUACACUAUUACUGUCAGAGAAAAUGGCCUGAUAUUAGGUGCAGUAGUUAGCCCAGCAUACCAAUAGUUGAGAAUUUUUUGUGGACACUUGAUGCCUUGUGUUUCCUCUUGUAGCUCUUUACUCCCACUGUAACCGACAUAUUAAUUACAGACAGACAGACAGACAGACAGACAGACAUACAGAUAGUUAGAUAGAUAUACAGAACAUAUUUUGUCUACAAAGUAGAACAGUCUACUUAGCCAAAUGGCACAUGUUUGCACUCUGUGUGUUUAGAUAAAAAAUAACCUAUAUAAAUACUAGAUUGCGUAAAAGCAUAUAGGACACAAGGUCAUUUAUAAAUGGAUCAUUUCUGUUCUUUAAAACUCCGUUUUGAAGUUCUGUAGUCAUAGCUUUCCCAUUACGUUAGACUAGCCACUAGACUGAUAAUAAAUAUAUUUCUACAUUUUCCCCUUUUUUGUCGAAUUCAGUUUCAUAGAGACCAUAGCCAGUCUAUUUUAGAGAUUUUCACAGAGGAAUGAUGUUAAAGUUAUCAUGAUAUUGGACAUAGGAUAUAGACUGGCUCAGUUCACUAUAUUCAGUCAUAAAAAUGUAAAAAAAGAUAUAUCAUAGUCUAGGAGCUAGUCUACCAUUACGUGUUCUGUAUUAAAAUUCAUAUAAUUUUGCAUGCAUAAAAGAUCAAGAUUUUUGAUAGAUAUGAGUAGCAGUGUAAUUCCCAAAAACUCUCCAUUCGCCGGAAUGUCUGUAUGACUUUCAUUUUAUCAUGUUGACAGGAAUAUUCUUGUUUUGUUUUUACUUUAUGAUAAGUGCUUCUUGUUGAACAUAUAUAUAUAUAAGAGUAUACAAUUUUUGGUUUGCAACUUAUUUAUUGUUUUAGUUUGCUAGCCGUUCCCUUUCAGAGGUAGAUUUUUUGAAUACGAGAUACUGUAUUCUGCAAAAAUUAUUUAUGCAUAUCCUCGCAACAUGUAGACCUAUUGUCACCACUUCUUAAUCUCACUCGGAGGUGGCGGCUAUAGGUUAAUUUAGAUAGUUGUAGCUUUAAGUUUAGUUAAAAUAGAUAUAUGAGCCGCGCCAUGAGAAAACCAACAUAGUGGGUUUGCGACCAGCAUGGAUCCAGACCAGCCUGCGCAUCCGCGCAGUCUGGUCAGGCUCCAUGCUGUUCGCUUUUAAAGCCUAUUGGAAUUGGAGAAACUGUUAGCGAACAGCAAGGAUCCUGACCAGACUGCGCGGACGCGCAGGCUGGUCUGGAUCCAUGCUGGUCGCAAAGCCACUAUGUUGGUUUUCUCAUGGCGCGGCUCAUAUAUUGCAUUUAUUGUACCGGUGGGGGUGCGAGACGCACAGUAACGUGACUAGUCGCAGUAAAAUGGACCUCCCAGGAGAAACGUAUCAAUUAUGCCGUUGAAGUGGCUUUUAAAAUGCGCUUUUGCGAUUUCAUUUGAGCCGUGCCAUGAGAAAACCAACAUAGUGGGUUUGCGACCAGCAUGGAUCCAGACCAGCCUGCGCAUCCGCGCAGUCUGGUCAGGAUCCAUGCUGUUCGCUUUCAAAGCCUAUUGCAAUUAGAGAAACCGUUAGCAAACAGCAUGGAUCCUGACCAGACUGCGCGGACGCGCAGGCUGGUCUGGAUCCAUGCUGGUCGCAAAGCCCUUAUGUUGGUUUUCACAUGACGCGGCUCAUUUAUUAAUUGUAGACGUUUUGUUCAGUUAAGGGGAAAAAUCGUAAUAUAGAAAAGAAAGAUAAAGCUGUUUUUGAUGCCACUAGUAUGUUGGUGCUUACCACGUGAUGUUUUUCGUUUGUAAAAUAUAUGUUUUCUAAAAGUUAAAAUUAUUAUUUUUACAUGUUAACAUGCUCUGUAUUCAUUUCCGUAGUAGUAGCUUUAUUUUUUUUUAUAUAAAUGAGAUUACAUUGCAUGAACUCCAUUUUUCAAAUUCGCUCAAAGAAUUUUAAAAACACCUUUCCUUUAUCAGACAGGUAGUCUUCACGCAAAUAAAUGCAUAGUUGUUCUAAGUCCAAGCCACGCCUUCGUUGAAGUAUCAAAAUGAAUACUUUGCAAACUACCUCAGCUAAGAUAUUGAAGACUUGUUAAUAUGAGCCGCGCCAUGAGAAAACCAACAUAGUGGGUUUGCGACCAGCAUGGAUCCUGACCAGCCUGCGCAUCCGCGCAGUCUGGUCAGGAUCCAUGCAGUUCGCUUUUAAAGCCUAUUGGAAUUGGAGAAAUUGUUAGCGAACAGCAUGGAUCCUGGUCUGGAUCCAUCCUGGUCGCAAACCCACUUUGUUGGUUUUCUCAUGGCAAGGCUCAUUUAUAUUUCUUUAAAUCAUACGAUAAUGCAUGAUCUGGCACAGUUUGUUAUUAUACCUGUAAGUUCUUCAGUGAGAUUUUGAGUGUAGAAAAACGUUUGUGAAAAAAGUUAGAUAUCUCUGCUUGAAAUGAAUUUAUCUUGACAUUUAGGUAUAUUUUUGUUUUUAUUAUGUUUUAGGGAAACAUGGCAACAGAUGGAUACUAUGAAUUCUAUCAUUUCUGUUAAGUUUUCUUUGUAAUCACUGCCAUGUAAAACAGAGAGGUAUAAUGUCACAGUAUUUGAUAGAUAGCGUUUUUGCAAUUUGAAAAAGGAUAAGAUUUUCAUACAUAUCCAGACUAUUUUUUUGUCUGGCAUAGGAAUUUUUCUGAGAUAGAUUCAGUAUAACUGAUGCUUUUCAGUGGCAUAAAAUGUUACAAACCCACAAUUCUGUCAAUAUCAGCGAUUGUUAUAACAGUUUAUUGUAGCUACAUGCUCUCCAUAUUACAUAAUACUAAACUAAAUGUAUAACACUGUAUACCUAUAUUUCCAUGUUUACGUCAUGUCGGCUAUAGGUGUCUUGAUGUCAAGAAAUCAUAUCCGGUUUUCUUUUUUAAAAGUUUUUUUCACCUGUGUUAUCUGCUAGCAUUUGUGUAUCCCCAUGCUGGGCCCAUUGCGUAGAUAGAACCUUUCACAUUGUGAAAUUUUUUUCCAACAUAAUUAUUUUUAUUGAACAUACACAAGCUUUCUGGUUAAAAAGGGACAACAUGAUGGAAGUUUUCUAAUUUUGAUUUUUUUUUUUCAGAUUGGUAUCAGAUCGAUAUUUUUUGAAUUCUGUAAAAUGCUUUCAAGGUAAAAAGGUUGUAUUAAACUCGAAAACCUCAUGGAGUGAAAAACAUAUGUAAAAGGGUCCUUGCAUUUUACGUUUGAUAUCAGAGCCGUUCUUGCUGCUGGACAUUAGCCCUUACCAUGCUUGACACGACUGAUUCUGCUUUUGCAACCAGUGUAGAUCAUGAUCAGCCUGCACAUCCGUGCAGUCUGAUCAAGAUCUGCACUUUUCGCCAUUCAGUCAGUAUCGUUUUGGUAAGCAACCUUUUUAACAGUUAGUGGUACUGUCCAAACUGAAAGAUGGACAAGUUCAUGAUACAAAUUUAGCAGUGUUAGGGUUAAAUGCAACGGCCGCUUUGUAUGUGUUAUGAUGCCAGAUCAUUUUACCAUUUAUAUAAAAAAAAUCCGCCAUUGAAAAUGACAUGACAAUCGACAAACUUUUUUAUGCAAUGAACUUUGCUACUUUUUUUCUGUUGUUGUUUUAUUUUUAUUUUUGCUUUCAAAGCCUUUUUAAAUAAAAACGGGGAAGAACAGUAAAAAUUGAUAAUGAAUAGAAAUAAAUUUAGAUUAAGACUGUUUAAGUCGAAAUUUGUAAAUCAUACACCGAUGAAUAUUAACUUUUGAAUGCUGUACAAAAUGUAGUCAUUAAGUGAAUUCAAUAGUAGGCACAUAUACUAGUACGGUGUUGCUAAUGGUUACCUACAAACUACAGGUUAUAGGUGACUUAUUGGCCUCCUAAUGAAUAGUUCUUGCUUUUACCUCGCUGCGCUCGCUUUACUGCAAAAACCUAAUUUCAUUAGAAGGUCAAUAAAUGGUCUAUGAUCGUUAUCUAUGCUAUAUAGCCUAUUAAAUAUGUGAAGAAGGUGUGCACUAUGUAUACGAUGUAACUCAUUGCAGACUUGGAGCGGUCUUCUGCGCAUGCCCGAAAGUGAUUAUCAGUUGUAGCGCACGGCAAAAAUAUGCAUAUUUUUGCAUGUCCGCAUGCAUUGAGUGUACUAUAUGCAUAAAAUACUGACUAAAGGUUAGGGUAAGUAUCACCAUGGUUACAAAAUAUAUACAUUUAAGAUAUUUUCCUUUAGAUUUAGUUAAUCCGGUAUGUACCGGAGUCCGUAAUUUAUACCGGCGCUCCAAGUCUGCAUUGAGUCACAGUCCUAUGUAUAAGCACCAUAUACACCGGUGUAAUGCUUAGAUAACUACAUAGUAGUGUUUAACUUAAAUAUAGUAAUUUAUGCUAUAAUAUAUGACAUUAUAAAUGUAUCGUUUAAUUAUUCACAUGUAUACAUAAUUAUAUAGAUGCUUUGGGAUUCUGCUUUUUCAAAAUAUGCUUCUGAUAUACUUAGUGUUGAAAAUGACGUUGUUUAAAUUAAUAUUUUCCAAUAUCCUUUCCACCUCGGCUUUUAUCAAAAAGAAAGUUUCUAGUUUUCUAAGACUAAACCUUUGAAAGUUCAAAUUCUCUACGAGAUACUAAAAAUAAUGCAUUUUCAUAUUAAUUCUAGGCGGACUAAACCAGUGGUAAUGAACUAUAGGUAGGGGAGGUAGUUGAUAAGGAAGUUAUUUGAGAAUAUAUUGGUGGAAGUUGUAUAAUGUUCUCUGUAUGACGCAAUCUGUCAUACCCUUCAAAGUAUUGUAAAUAUGUUCAUUAUUAUUUUAUAAGUGAGUUGUUCACUUAAAGUUUAAAAACUUUGUAAUUUUGUACAUACGGCUACUUUACUUUAAAGGUGCUAUUAUAAGCAAUCACCCUUGAUUAUCUAUUAUCUAGUCUUACUAGACUGAGUGGAAAAUGUAUUUUUGGAUUUUUUUCUGAUAAAUAUGGACAAGUGCUACCUUAAGGUGUUAAAUUAGAACUAUUUGUACUAAAUUCAAAGUUUAUUUUACAUUUUGAGCGUCGCUGUGCGAAAACGAACGUUAGGGCUUUGCGACCUGAAGGAUCCAGAUAAAGGCACACACAUACUGUUCAGUUAUCGGUUUGAGCACUUGUAUGCAAUCGAUAAGCGAACAGUAUGGAUCCAGAUCAGUAUUCAUGGAUACACAGGCUGAUCUGGAUCCAUACUGGUCGCAAGACCCUGACGUCUGUUUUCGCACAGCGGCGCUCAUUUCAUUUUUGUAAUUCACAAAUAGACUUCGUACAUAAUAACUCUUGUUUUAUGUUGCAUAUUUCAUUCACAUUUUGUAACUGAUCAAAUUUUAAUUACAUAUUUAUGUUUAUUUCAAAAGACAGUGUACUGUUACAAGUUUUAUGUGAACAGUAGACACUUACUUUGCAGGAGUUUCAGUAUUAUUUUGAAAUCAUUUGAUUACUGCUUGAAGUACUUUGAUUGCGGACAGAAGUUUUAUACAGCUAGAUAUUAGAAUUUGCAAAUAUCUGAUUUAUAAAUGCAAAAAUCGUUUUAAAAUUAUAUUCUAUAUUAGAGUCAUUAUACAUUUGUAAGUGCACAGAAUAAUAACUCCCUUAAAUGUUUGCCUUUCUUUUUCGACUUAAAAUUUUAGGAUUUCUGGUGUAGAAUCUAUGCGUUAUGAUAAACGCAUAGGGUUUUGAGUUGUUUUGUUUGUCAUUUGAUUACCGAAUAUUCGAAUAUUUGUUCGGAAGGUUGACCGAAUAUUCGAAUACCAAAAAUGCUAUUCGUUGCCAUUCCUAAUGAUUUCGUUUUACAAAGAAUAAUUUUUGAUAAAAUGAUAUUAUGUCGAAAAAAUAACAGAUGAUGAAACGAUUUCGAGAAUACUAUCUUUCCAGAAUUUCCUCUAAAGCUAUCGUCAUUUUCUGUAGUAUAUUUAGGCCUUGCUUUACAAAUCCUAGGGACUUGUUUGUUCACUUUUAUAGUUGUUCCUAAUUACUCUCACAUUUUGCUAUUUUUGUUAUUUUUGUUGAUUUUUCCGUUUCAUUUCUGAGUGCCAUUUGAUAUACGAAUGUCGUAUUUAUAUAGAUAUAAUAACUAAUUACGUAUUUGUGUACUGUUGUUAAAAGUUGAAACUCGAGAAUGGUAUGCCGGGCUCGACAUACAUGUGAAAGUUUUUGAAAAAGACUUUUACGUCGUUGUUAUUGCAAAAUAAAUGUGAAACUUC